GUCGGGUCAACUAUCCUCCCGAUCUGCGCAAAUCUCUGUUCGAGGUGUCCAGCUCCCCAUAACCAGACUAUCUUAUUGCUCGAUUCUACUUAACCCUGUUCCGUAUGCAUGAAUGCAUGGUCAGGCCAUGAGUCCAUGACCGAGUUAUCUAGCUAGCCAUGAAAAAGCUUUCUUCUCCAUUCGCUCAACUCCCGUUCUUCACCGCCCCUAUCUUGCUCGUCCCUUUCCUCCUCCUCGCGCUCAUAUACUUCCUUCUCUUCCCCAAUGGCUUCAACCUCCAGUCAGGACUGCUCGCUCCAUGCCAAUGCAACACAUGUCCGGCCACAACAACGACGACGACACCAGCCAAGCUCGCCACGCCGGCCGUCGACCUACGGGUGCUCCUGGGCGUGCUCACCGUGCCAUCCUCCUACGAGCGGCGCGCUCUCCUCCGGCUCGCCUACAAGCUCCAGCCGCCACCCACCGGCGCUGUCGUCGACGUCCGCUUCGUCUUCUGCAACGUCACCAAGGAAGAAGACGCCGUGCUAGUGGCCCUCGAGAUCAUCGCCUACGACGACAUCCUCGUGCUCAACUGCACGGAGAACAUGAACGAUGGCAAGACCUUCGACUUCUUCUCCGCGGUCCCCAAGCUCUUCGCCGACAAAGAUCCGCCCUACGACUACGUGGGCAAGGCCGACGAUGACACGUACUACCGCAUGUCGGCCCUCGCCGACGCGCUCCGGAGCAAGCCUCGGCGGCGGCACGACGUGUACCAUGGAUUCCUGUGGCCGUGUGACCUCGAGAGUCCAAACCCGGAGUGGCAGUUCAUGGUGGGGUGGGGGUACGUCGUGUCGUGGGACGUGGCGGCGUGGAUCUCGUCGGAGCCCGGGGAGCGGAUGUCCCGGAAUUACACCAAGGGGGCGGAGGACAUGGCGUUCCGGCAUUGGCUCCGGCUUGGGGGAAAGGGGAAGAACAUGUAUGGGGAGGGGAAGAGGAUGUAUGACUAUCUUGACGGGGAGAAGCCGGACAGGGAGAAGAGCUGUUACCGGCAUGAGCUCGUGCCGGACACCGUCGCCGUGCACCGGCUCAAGAGCCGCCUCUGGUGGGCGCGCACGCUCAGGUUCUUCAACUCCACUGAGGGGUUUAAGCCUUCCAAAAUGUACCAUCUAGACUUCUGAUUCUUUAAUUUUCCCUUGCAAGUGCAUGCUUCGUAACCACCAAGAGUAGUCAUAAGGUUUCAUUUAUCAAGGUUACAUUCAUGAAUCGAUCACGGGUGACUUGUAAAGGUCCACUUCGGUUGAAUAA